AUGAAUGCACACAGGCAUAUACCCUCUUACUUCGUGGUGUUUGCCUGUUUGUUAAACAGAUCCAUUAUAACUCUAGCAGCAAACACUAGAGGAGCUACAGGUACCGGUGAUAACCGUGAGGGUGUAAUAAGUUCAAUAACUACUUCAGCAGUCACUACCACUUCUGGAACGACCACUACCACUCUAUCAUCAAAUAAUGGAUCUCCAACAACAAUUUCUCCAUCUCUGGAUACCACACAAAAUGCUGCUGCCACAAAAAUUGUAAAUCUUAACAUAAACGAAAUUGGAUUUGUUGAUCAAGUUCCAGAGGAUCUUUCUUCUAUUUACGUUUUUUCUACUGAUGGAAUCUUUACCAAAGUUACCCCAGCUACAGGAUUUUCUAUCGGUUGUGUAAUAUUUGGUAAUCAAUUAAUUCCGCAUUCCAUGGAUGUUAUCACUAGGACCGUCUCAUACACCAAUAAGUAUCCUUUGAUUGUUGUUAGGAUUCAAGAUAAGACUUCGAAUUAUACUUCAACCGUUUACUAUGAGCAAUCUGGCUUACAAUCUAACAGAUUUGUUUUGAGAGAUGACCCAGGAUUUAUUAUUCCUCAAAAUAGAAGUAGCACUUAUACACUCAAUGACAUAACUUACAAAACUUUUGAUAUUUCUACUGCCAAUGAUGACGAAUUUUUAAAAUUAUCUCUCAGUGAUGGGAGCGUGUUGUACACCAACAAUCCAGAUUCCAAAUUUUACAUUGGCGAAGUUAAGAUUGGUGAAAUAAUAAUACCAAUAAAUAUAACUUCACAAUAUAUAAUCGUCAAAUUAUCAUCUAAUGGUGAAUUGAUUGAGUUGUAUACUACUGGAUGUUUCGGCGAACAUAUUAUUAAAAAGUUUAAGAAAGUAGGUUCUGCUUAUAAUGAUAUAUCGAAAGCUUUUGACACUGUACCUUGGAUUCCAACCCAUUUUGUUAUGUUUCAAAAAGUAGAUUUUUCUAUACCUUCUGAUUUAUUCGAAUUGAAUCAUCACAACAUUUUACUACCAACAGGUGUGAAACAUUCGAUCCACAUUAAUUCUGAAACUGGAAAUGUGGAUUCUGUUGUUUUUUUCUUGAGUCCAUUGGCCAAACGCAUGAUGACUUUUGGAAAUAUACGUUUUCAUAAGAUAAAUCUCCCACCAUUUUCUUUGGGCGUAAUUCACUCGAUUACAGUAGAAAAAGUGAUUAACUCUGAAGAUUUUGACGAAAUACAAACUCCUUUACAAGUAUCUAUCAUUGCUAGUUAUGGCCCAUCUGGCGAUUACAAUAGUUUUGUGUUCACUCCAGUUGUAACAGCAGACGCCCACGUUUCUUACAAAUUAGAGACGGAUUUCAAACUUGAUGUUGAUGUUAUUACCAAUACAUCACUAAAAUUACCCACAAGUGUUCCUGGCCUUCACUACACCGAAACCAUUUAUCAGGGCACAGAAUUGUCAAAAUUCAACAAGCCUCAGUGCAAACUUAAUGAUCUCCUCAUUUCAAAAGGAUCUGAAUUGCAAAUAAUACAUGAUGGAUUGAAUAAUUCGACAAUUAUAACCAACAAAGAAGUUAAUGCAGAUGGAACUGAAUUAUUCUUUUUCGAUUUGCUCCCUCCAUCGGAUGGUACUCCCACCUUGCAAUCCAAAUUUUUUUCCAUCCUGAAAUUUAUUCCAAUAAUAUCUACUGGGCUUAAUGAAUUAAUGCUGGAAUUACUCGAAAAUCCCUCUUCGUCUAGUGCAAGCAGCAAGUACAGCGGACUAACAGGCCAACUUAACAGAUUAAUAACAGUUUUAGACGGCAUUGUUGAUAGCGCCAGUAGUGUCAAAAACACAGAAACUGCCCCUGACAACGAAGAAACUUCUAUUUCUUCAUUGAAAUCAUUGAUAACGACUAUUCAAGGUAACAUUGCUAUCACUCGAAACAAAGUUACCAAAGAUGAUGUUUAUUUGUUGAAGAAAUCCCUCAGUGGUCUCACCACACGUUUAAUAUACCAUUCAAAAGUAGAUGGUAUAUCAUUCGACAUAACGGAAUCGCGAACAAAUGAAUACAACUCAUUAGACAGGACCACAACGUCUAUGGACGAUAUUAUAGCCAUGUUUUCGAAUCCCAAUAUGUAUCUUGUGAAGGUGGCGUAUUUGCAAGCCAUUGAGCACAUUUUUCUUGUAUCAACCAAAUACGAGGAUAUAUUUGAUUACACUGUGGAUUGUAGCAAAUGUAAAGCUACCGAUUCAGGAUCAUUUAGCGAUUUGUUGCUCGGAAACAAGGUGAAGGAAUCUUUGUCAUUUAUUGAGGGUUUGAUUUCUGACAUAAAAUCUCACUCAUUGAAAGCUGGAGUUACAGGAGGUAUAUCAAGUUCAUCAUUAUUUGAUGACACCUUCGACGAGUUAAAGCUGGAUCAAACAACAAUUAGAAGCCUUGUUGCACCGUUAGAAGAAAUUAAAAAUGAGCUUGAGGCUAUAAACUCUCAGGAAACAUCCGAUGCCACAGUAACCCCUUCUACCCCCAAUACCAAUGUGAACAUCAAAACAAUUAUCAGCAAGAUUAAGAAAUUUUUGAUGAUAAGUGAGACUAUUUCAUCCACAGCUCUUGCACGUUUAUCUGCAGUAUUAAGCAUUCUUGGUAGGGGUAAUUCAAUAAAUGCCCUUCCGGAACGUCUAACUAGUAUCAUUGUUGAUUUGAAAUCAACCAGUGUUCCACAGGAGGUGGUGCUUAAGAAUGGAGUCUACAAGUUGAAGGACCAAUUUAAACUAACGCACAAGAUGAUACCUGCUUUUGGCAAUGUGCAACUGCAUAUUCCAGAGAAAUCGGCAGUCGUGCAGAUAAGUAUAGUAGAACAUGAGAAUGAUACCAAAAUGGCAGUGAUCACCCUUGAUGAUCAUUUCAAAUUGACUUUGGAAAAGGUGAUUCUUUCAGAAACCCCGACUGUUGUUGGUUUAACUCACACCACACAAGAUCCAUUGGAUAUAAUAUCAUCAAUAUUUGUCAAGAUGAAUACUACUGCCGAUGGAAUUAUCGAGGGUUAUUUAGAUCUCGAUUUGAAUUCCAAAAUUGGUAACUUUAUUUCAGCCAUCGAACUCACUGACCUGACCAACACGGUAAAAUCUGCUACCGUCCGCCCCCCCCAAUUAAAAGUGUUGGCUCUGAAGUUUGGCAAUCAGCUCGUUGAAGUCAAGGAGACAGCCAGGACAUUUGCUACCUUUGAUGAGAACUUGAAUUCAAUAGAAAUAAUUACUUUCAACAAGGAUGGCACUAUGAUAUCAAAAUUCUUCUCUAGGGAGUUUAUAGGCUCAAUGACCCCGUUCGAACCAAAUGCCCCAACAUACAUCGAACAUGCCUCUACGGACACACUUCCGUCGCCAUGGAUCACCACCCACAUGCAUAAUAAGCGUCUUGUUGACUUUGAAGUUCCAUUUACAGUGAUUUUUGAUGACGAACUCAUUAAUUAUUAUAUCGAGAAGCUUCCUAACGGAGUUGCCUACUCAUUAUACGGCGAAGAAUUGUGCGUACCUAAAAAUUCUGGCCUUUUGUUGAAAGAGAUCAACCAUAUUAGGACUACGAAGUUGCGUGAGGUAUUCAAGAAAAUUUACAAAUCUAGUAAAACUUCAACUGAAAUUACAUCCUGUGCACAGAAAACAAAUACCAAUGAUGGUACUAUUAAAUCCAACUUACAAGUUAUUAUGAAGGAAAAUGAUCAUCCAUUUCCCAAACCAAUCAAUGAUGGUAUGCAUCGUAGAGUUGAAUCAAUCCACUUUUACAUUGAUAACGUGUUAAGGCAUGAUACUGCCUUCGGCAGAAUUACGAUUGGCAACCUUACCCUACCUGCAUUCUCCAUUGGGUUUAUCCACUCAAUCUUCAUCGAGAGGGUUACCAUGGGUGACAAGAGCCUUGCCAGUGUUGGUAUUAUAACUAACUACGGUCCAAGUGGAGACUAUGAAUUGUUGAGAUAUAUGCAACUUGAGAAUGAUAAACGUGAUUUUGCACUCGUACAGGGACCUGAAAUAACAGCCGAUUACAUUGGAUCUGGGUUGACUAAACACAAAAUGCUGACCAUGAAAGGUGCCUCCACUAGUUCAAUUGGAUUCGAAACCAACUACAAGGAAUUGAUACUAUCCAAUGGGUUUAUGCGUCCAACCAACAAGAUAGUCACCCUCUUUUAUACUGAUAGUGAAAAUGUCAGUCUUGGCAAGCUAUACUCAAUUGAGAAUGGGAAGCAUGGUGUUACUUAUUCCAUUUACGGUGCCUUCCCUAUUGAAGAAUCAUCUCCUGAAAGUUCAUCUCCCAAUGCCAGGGGCUUUUCUUUUGUUUUCUCAGUGUUGAAUUCUAUAUACCAUAUCAAUAAGCUGUUUACCAGGGCAUACAAUGCACUAGAUGCAUUGAAGGUCAAGACUAGUUGUGUGGAUGGAGAAAAUAAAGGCAGCGCUCUAUCCAAUCCCAGUGCAGAAAAGUACUUGUCGAUACUCUCUUCCAAUGUGUUUAUGCCUACCUUAUCAAGAUUGGGCAAGUUGUUCAAUGACGUUAUGCUCAGAGAUGCAUCUUUCACAGAGACUGCCGUACGCAUGCUCCCCCGUUUCAACGCAUUCAUAGCUUUCUUGAAUGAGGAGAAGUCCAAAGCUGGUAAAAAUGCCUUGAAUGAGGAAGAAUUGAUGAGGUUUAUAUCAAUGACCAGUGGGUUUAUAGAGGACCUUGAAUUUGUUUUAGAUGAGUUAUUCAAGCACAGUUUGCGUAUAAAUAACGAAGCUGCCAAGACCAUGCUAUCCUCUCUCAUACUAAACUUCCGUUACAUUAACCACAUAAGAAAUUUGAUCAACGGCAUUUACUUUGAAUUGAAUAGCCCAACAUCGUCCACCACCAGUGGGACGACACAAGAAACAAGCGGAAAGGCGACACGAGAAGAAAGUAAAGAAGGUAAAAGUACUAAGCCCUCCUCCCCUCCCACUCCCAGUACACAGACAAUCCUGAAACCGAAGGCACCCUACCUAAGAGGCCACAUAAUACAAAUUGAUUGCAAUAAUAGUUUCAAAAACUACGUGAAUGCAUUGAUCAAGGAGUUUAGAGCUCAUAUUAAACAGACAACAACAUCUACAACUACAACAAUUACUAUUGGAACUAAUGCUAAGGAUGUGGAUGAGCUAGUGGAAAAAUUUGCAACAAUUGCAUCUUUUGAUGAGAAGUUCAAGAACGUAUUCUUUGAUAAUUCUUUUAUUGAUGAAAAUUUCAAAACGUUGGAAAAUAUUAUGGAUGAGUCAGAUACUGUAUUACCGAGUUGCAGUGAAACCCACACCACUAAAAACUCCAGUACUGACCCAUAUACAGGAUUAUCAAAACUUAUACAGAAAAUUAACGACUCCAUAAUCAGACCUAUGACUUUGCGGCUGUUCAAAAAUUCAUUUCCAGAGUUGUGCAAGUUGUUCGUAAAAAUGCCCGAUGUAGACUCCAACAUAUUUAUGGAUCUGGAUGUCGACAUAACCAACACUAUUCCAUCCAGGAGAGUCAUGUAUUCUGAUGGCAGAUUUACCAUUAUCAACUCUCUGCCAACAUUUAGGUACACUUUGAAACCAAUUGCUCCUGGUCAUGACUUAUCUCUAUUCUCUCAAUUGCCAAUCUCAAUGAUCACGGUUACUUCGUCUCAGGAACAAGCACUUACAUCUUGCGUCAAUCAUGGUAAUGAAUUCACCACAGUAAGCACUGCCGGCAAGACAACCUAUACUACACGAUCCGAGUUGUUGUCACUUUUCAAGCUAUCUGCGGAAACGCUAAGGGAUCUUAAUGGAGCCAAAUUUGCACUUGGUGACAUAUCUGAUAGUGCCAAUAAAUCUAAAGCUUUGGAGGCAUAUAAUUCGGCAAUAACUACUAUGAAAUCUAUAUCAGCCGAAUUGGAAAAGAUUUUUGACAUAUUAAAAUCAACUCCGAAGAUUACUUUUGAAUCAAUUGUUUCCAAACUAACUAGUGUUAAUACAGUUGAUACUGCCAAUGCUGAUGUGAUCAAUGCGAUGUUUGAUGAUUUGUCCAAGGCAAUUUCCUCAUACCUAUACUCUUUCAUAUCAAUAAAAUUUCCGGAGGAUAGUAAAGACCAACAAACGAAUGAAGGUCAUGAUACAAGUGCUUUAUUAUUGGAGUAUAGAGCUCAAUUGGCAUCUCUGAGCAGGAUCAAAUUUCUCCUAGUUCUGGAAGAUUUGAUCUCAAGCAACAAAUACAUAUCAAUAAUUUCGAAAUCCGAAUCAAGUGAUAACGCCUCCGACUCUAGUACUCAAUCAACAUCAGAUAGUUCAACUCCCCAAAACUUGACCCUUAUGGGAAUGGUGAAUAAUGGAAAGUUGGGUGACUCUAUUUCACUGUGCAAAGAAUUGGUCAAUAUACUUGAUAUCAACAAAAAGGGCAGUACUAGUAUCGCUAACGGAAAAUGUCUUUAUAAAGGAACCGUACUGGAUCCAUCCUCAAUGUCAGAAGAAAUUCGCCGAUCAGUUAUUAAUUUUCUCGGUAUUAUUCUCUCUGAUAUCGAUAUUGGGAUUAUGACUGAGUUUUCUAGGACCAUGUACAAGACAAUAAUAGCCAAUAUCUCAAUGAUCAUAUUACAAGAAAUUGUCGAGGUGGUAAAUCAAGCUUAUCGCGAUGACAUUGGUAGAGCGAAUCUUAACCCCAAUAUACAUAACUAUCCAGCAUUCCUGGAACCGAUCGACAUCGAUAUAUUGUAUCCACAAGUACCGGAACAUGUUAAGCUCGUAAACGGAGUUUUUAAGUUAACUGGCAACCGCAAGACGGAAUUGAAACUCAGACCAAAAGUUGGCAGCAAGUACUUGGAGGUCUCUCCCCAUGUUGCCGUCGUUCAAGUUUCUGUUCCCGAUUCCAAUGGAAUCAUAAACGUCUACGAAGAUGACUACCACAAAAUCACCGUGCAGCAGUUCGACAUGGAUGGAAAUAUAAUUAUGCAAGGGAAAGGUGCAAUUUCGGCUCAUCCAUUUGCACAAUUAGCGUUCGCUAUAGUGUCUUCCGUACAUGAUGAAGCGCAAACCAAAAUCUUGCAAUCCUCAUCCAAUGGCGAUUUCUUCAAGGAAAACAUCCUCGCUUAUUACGAGGAUCAGAUUCAACAGAACGAGAAAAUGGCUUUUAAACAACAAAGAACAACGAAUGACAGUUAUGCCAUUAGUGCAGUAUUUGCACAUUAUACUGAUUGGUUUCAAGGUGAAAAUUAUAUACAUUGA